AAACAAAUCAGCAUGAGUUAUGCAGAAAAACCUGAUGAAAUCACAAAAGAUGAGUGGAUGGAAAAGCUCAAUAACUUACACGUCCAGCGAGCAGACAUGAACCGGCUCAUCAUGAACUACCUGGUCACAGAGGGUUUCAAAGAAGCAGCCGAGAAGUUCCGCAUGGAGUCUGGGAUCGAGCCGAGUGUGGAUCUGGAGACUCUGGAUGAGCGCAUCAAAAUCCGGGAGAUGAUCCUCAAGGGACAGAUCCAGGAGGCCAUUGCCCUGGUCAAUAGCCUCCACCCCGAGCUCCUGGACACCAACCGCUACCUGUACUUCCACCUUCAGCAGCAGCACGACUUGAUCGAGCUGAUCCGCCAGAGGGAGACGGAAGCGGCGCUGGAGUUCGCCCAGACGCAGCUGGCAGAGCAGGGCGAGGAGAGCCGUGAGUGCCUGACGGAGAUGGAGCGCACACUGGCCCUGCUGGCCUUCGACAACCCUGAGGAGUCGCCAUUCGGGGACCUCCUGAACAUGAUGCAGCGGCAGAAGGUAUGGAGCGAGGUGAACCAGGCUGUGCUGGACUAUGAGAACAGGGAAUCAACCCCGAAGCUGGCCAAGCUGCUGAAACUGCUCCUCUGGGCACAGAAUGAGCUGGACCAGAAGAAGGUCAAGUACCCUAAAAUGACAGACCUCAGCCGGGGCGUGAUCGAGGAGCCCAAGUAACGACUGCGGACUCGGGCGCUGCUUUUCCCCUUCUUUCCUUUUUGUUUCUCGACCCAGCAUCUUUCUAAAGGGAAACACGACCGGCAAGGAGGCGAUGGCUGGAGGGCUCCCCUGUGGCCGCUCGUGCUGAGGGGCUGAGGGCCGAGAGCAGCCCCUUGGCCCCCCCAAGCCUGAUCCUGACCUUGCUUUGUGUGCAUGGGCAGAUGGCACCUCCUUCGGGUCUCCUUGGCCCUGAGUUUCCUCUGCGUUGUUUUCACAGGAGAGACUAUAAACCUGUGAGUCUGUGGAAAGACUCAGCAUUGCGUUUGACUGUCCCCCUGUCUGGGCUGCGUGUGAGAGGUGGGGUGUGUGCUUUUUCAUUUUUAAAUAGAUAUUUGGGUUCUGGAAUUGGUGAGAGGCGGUCUUAUCAGAUCACGGAACCAUCUCUUCUCAGCAGUUUUGUUGAAAAUAAAGGUUUCUCUUUGAUUUAAAAGAACGAGCAAAA